AUGGCCGAGGCUUCCGCAACUCCUUUGCUAUCAGCAAACGGCGCGAGCGACGACAGACUGCAAGCCUUUCCCAAGCGCCGGGCCUCCGAGUUUGCACACACCGAUGGGGCUCUUUGCGGCUAUCUCAGAAAGCGCGGCGAGCAUCGCCGAGCCCUCAAGCUGCGCUGGGUGGUGUUGUAUGAAGGACACUGCUACUACUACACGACCAGCGAAGCGAGUGCUCCUAAAGGCCUCUUUAGUCUACGUAACUACACUUUGACGACAAACACGGAAACACUGGAAUUGCGUUUGGAGCGCGGCAAGCAGGAUCGCGUGUGGGUCUUCGAGGCCCUGGCGCACAAUGAUCUUCCAGCUUGGUCCCAGCGGUUUCGAGACGCCAUCAAGUCCUGGGCCUCACAGCGAGUGAUUGAUCCCCUUGCUCGCUCCGGAAAGAUGCGCGCCCUCUCCCAGUACAUCGACAACGACGAAGAACAGUCGGAUUCAGAUGCCUCUGACGGCUACGACGACCCAUACGACGAUUUCAUCCGCCCCGAUGAGCGGGGCAAAGCCCGUACAGCCACUGAACCGCGUUUGCCACCUCGCCAGCAUGCCCCGCCGCUCGAUCGGUUUGCCGCACCUCAGACCUCCAAAGAUGAGCCCUCUGCUUUGGAUUUGGAAGCCCUUCUGGCCACGCCUUUGCCUACCAGCCGCCCAGCAGCUCGCCUCCCAACAGACACGUCCGGCCCGCCACCCGCUAUCAACCGCCAAGCCAAGCCUGCACCCAAAGCGCCGCCGACUUCGAACAAAAGUCAUCCAUUGGCACAAUGCUCGUACUUUGUGAGCGGCAUGACACGGUCACAAGCCAAUCUGCUGGUCUACCAGGACGGGUCUUUCCUUGUUCGCCAGCGCGACGCUGAUUCGCCUCUAGUGCUAAGCGUGCGCCUCAAGAGCUCAGUGCGCCACUACAAGAUUUUCAAGACCUCCGCCUACACGCUAGGCGGCGACGAUGCACGCUACUUUGCCGAUCCGGAGGAGCUUAUUCAGUACUACCAGCACCAUUUUUUGCCAAACGCACAAUUCAUGUUGGGAACGCCCAUAGACAUGGACAACCUGGCGACGGGUGGUCAUGUUCUUGGCUCAGUCGCUUGA